UCAGACCACCAUUUCUCCCCCCCACCGCCAAAUCUUCUUCAUCUUCUCUGUCUGCCGCCUCUCUUUUUCUCUCUCAGAUCUGACUCCAUUUUAUGCCAAGAAGAAACCAAUUUUAGGAAAGGCAAAUUCUCAACUCCCUAGAUACCUGUAUUGGGUAGUUAAAGUCAAGCCUAUUACAAUGGGAAUGGAAGUAAGAGAUUCAUGUACCGACAAAGAACCUGAUGGUGUCAUAAAAUAUUCCAGUGGGGCUUCCCCUAUUUUAAGUCAUGAGAGUGCACCAACUCAUCAUGAUGACCUGGAAUCAGUUGAGCAUGAUAAUGUGGUUGCCAAGUCCUUCCCCGUGCAUGAAGACUGUGAUGUAAAGGAAUGUAACACAGACAACUCAGCUGAUAAUUCUGAAGCUUGUCAGGCUGAGGAGCAUAACUGUCCGGCUAUGACGGUUCACAAUGGCCAUUUGCAGGAAAAGUCCAGAGCUCAAAGCGUGAAAUCAAAGGGUGAAUUAAGGGCUAAAGUCUCACCAAAGAUAGCAUCAAAACCAUGUAGUACAAAUGGUCGAGCAAACUGCACAGUUCCGCAGCCAUUUGCUUUAGCAACAGAGAAACGAGCAUCAACUCGCCCAUUAGAGGCUGAAACUGAUGUGAAUAAAUUGUUCUUGAAAUCUAAGACUACGCAGCCUUUCAGCAGUGGCAAGAAAAAUCAGCCCAUGUCAAUAUCUACAUUAAAGAAGCCGCUGCAACAAGACAACAAAAAGCAUACUGAUGAGGAAGAUUCAAGUUCUGCUGUUUCUGACAUUGCACCAUCUGUAUUGCCUUCUAGGGUUAAGACAAAAGUUGCAUCAGCUCCAGUAUUUAGGUCCACUGAACGUGCAGAGAAGAGGAGGGAGUAUUAUUCCAAAUUAGAGGAGAAACAUCAAGCAAUGGAGGCAGAGAAACUUCAAAGUGAAGCAAGGACAAAGGAAGAGAUAGAAGCAACUAUUAAACAACUGAGAAGGAACUUGAUGUUCAAGGCCACCCCAAUGCCAAACUUCUAUCACGAAGGACCGCCUCCUAAGCAUGAUCUAAAGAAGGCACCUUCAACUCGUCCAAAAUCACCCCAGCUUGGAAGACGGAAGAGCUAUGGUGAUGCUGUUGGCUUAUCUCAAACCAAGGCAAAGAUGUCUGGCAAGGGAAAUCGUUUUAGUCUUGGCAUUCGGAAAAUAAGUCCUACCAUUUCAGAGAUUGAUUCUACUGGUAAUGAGACAUGUGAAGACAAUGAAGAGCUCAAACAAGAACAGGAGUCAGUCAUGAAUGGAGUGCCAGUAUGCUCUAUGAAUGGUGAGCAUAGUGUGGGGAUCCUCAGCCACUGACGAAAAUUCAGCUCUUAAUGUUAAAAACUCGGGAUCAAAGUGUUGAGUUUUAUAUCCUGUUGAAGUUGCUUUUUUGCCCUUAGUUCUCUAUCAAGAUGUACCUGUUUAUUAACUGCAUGUAAGGACUCAUUCAAGUGCUUGGUGUGGUGAAAAUUGUGUAUGUUUGGUAACUUAUGUAAUUUAUAAUGAAGAGUUCGCAUUUGAUUUGAA